AUGGCAUGGCUUGUUUAUCCAUUGUACGGCCAAUGUCAAUCAUCGUUGUUAAUUUGCUUAAGCCAUGAUGGCGAUGGACAAGAUUUAACAUCAUUUCUACAAGGAAAAAUGAGGGUCUCUUUACUGCUUAUGAUUGCGAUGGUAGCCAUCUUGGUUAUAACAACUGCUGAAGCCAGGGAUUUACCAUUAAGAAGAAGACUUGAUGAAUGGUACAGUAAUAAAGUUACUAGAGGAUGUGGUACAUUGAUCUGCAAAGAUGACAAUGAUUGCUGCGGCAAAGACGAAUGUUGGUUUUCCCCAGGCUCAUGUAUUCCACCUAAUCCGAUCGGUUUCUGUGUCCCCGAGCAAUUUCAGUGCUAA